AUAAAAAUUACUUAAUAACUUGUUGAUAAUCUGCAUUUAUAUACACAACUAUACAUAUAAUUAUAAGUCUACAAACACACCAACAUUUUAUUAUAUCUUAAUCGUACACUUAUCUAAACCAUAAAGCUCAACCGCAAAAAGUAAACAACAAUUAAGCAAAGAAUAAUGAACGCAGCAAAAACUAUUAUGAGACUGGCUUUGUUGCAACUGAAAGGCUCCAAAGACAAGGCAGCAAAUUUGCAAAAUGCCUCACAAAAAAUCCGAGAAGCUGUGCAGGGCCAUAAACCCCGUUUGAUAACCUUGCCGGAAUGUUUCAACUGCCCCUAUGGCACAAAAUAUUUCCGUGAAUAUGCCGAAACCAUACCAAACGGCGAGUCAUCCCAAACCCUAUCAAAAUUGGCCAAAGAGAUGGGAGUUUACAUUGUUGGUGGCACCAUUCCUGAAAUGGGUGACAAUGAUAAAAUCUACAACACUUGCACUGUAUGGUCACCCGAGGGUUCAUUGAUAGCAAAACAUCGCAAAAUGCAUCUAUUCGAUAUUGAUGUUAAAGGUGGCAUACGUUUUAAGGAGUCAGAAACUCUGACGGCUGGUAAUGAAUUUACCAUCAUUGAAAUUGAUGGUCAUAAGAUUGGCAUUGGCAUAUGCUAUGACAUACGUUUUGAGGAAAUGGCUAAGGUUUAUAGGAAUGAAGGUUGUGAAAUGCUUAUUUAUCCUGGUGCAUUUAAUAUGACAACUGGUCCUUUGCAUUGGGAAUUGUUGCAACGCUCCCGUGCCAAUGACAAUCAAUUGUAUGUGGUGACUACUUCACCAGCCCGUGAUGAAACCGCUGAUUAUGUUGCCUAUGGUCAUUCCAUGGUGGUUGAUCCCUGGGCCAAGGUAGUCAAAAGUGCCAAGGAGGGAGAGGAAACUGUAGUUGUUGAUGUGGAUUUCUCAUUGGUUGAACAGGUGCGACAACAAAUACCAGUUUACUCGCAAAGACGUGUCGACUUGUACAAUACCACCAAGAAGUGAUGGCUUUAAACGUUGCAUUUGGUAGUCUUUUCAAGGAAUUUGUUUAUUUAUAUAAAUAAUGACGUCAUUUUGGUUAAAGUUUAAA